AUGGAGCAUGUGCCAGGCCGCAGUAUUAACUUAGCACUGUCGCAAAGAGGAAAAUCUGCACUGGAAGCAGUCGGAUUGAAAGACUACAUUGUUGACCAAGGUGUGGCUCUGUACUCCCGACUGAUCCACAACAUCGACGGGAAAACGUUCAGUCGUCAACCGUACGGACAGCCUGGAGAGCACAUCGUGUCAAUAAAUCGCAGGCACCUGAACGAAGUGCUGAUAACCCAAGCAGAGAAGAGUGAGAAAGUGCGAUUCUUUUUCGAACACAAGGUGCGAGGUGUCGACCUAGACAAAAAGGAAUUGCAUGCAACCUUCACUGGUGGAUCAAAAAUACCUAAGCCGGGACAGUCUGGGAGCAGCGUGAAAGGAACCGAUGUUGUCGUUAAAGCCGAUCUAGUUGUAGCUUGCGACGGAGCGUACUCAGCUGUGAGACGAAGUCUCGCUACUCAGCCAAUGUUCGACUACUCACAGGAGUACAUUGGACAUGGCUAUAUUGAAUUGAACAUCCUGCCAAAAAAUGGAGAGUAUGCGCUUGAGCCGAAUGUGUUCCAUAUAUGGCCUCGAGGACAUCUCACGCUUAUAGCUUUGGCAAAUCGUGACAAAACAUUCACAGUGACAAUAUUCGCUCCAUUUUCCGAAUUCGAAGCGAAAAUGUCCAAUCCUAAGGACGUCGAAUCGUUUUUCCGAAUGAAUUUCCCCGAUGCAUACGAGCUGCUUGGAAGGGAGCAUCUCCUCGACACAUUCCGCCGUGUUCGCCCACAGCCUCUAGUUUCUAUCAAGUGUCGCCCCCACGACUUUGGCAACUUCGUGCUCCUCCAAGGAGACUCUGCCCACGCGAUGGCUCCUUUUUACGGUCAAGGAAUGAACUGUGUGGGUUGCUCGGGUUUCGAAGACUGUUUGGUAUUGAAGGAAACUUUGGAUGCAUGCAACGAUGACAUUCGUGAGUUCAGCACUCAAUUUACCCACAGUUUUGUACUGUCGCCUAACCACCGCAUUGCUAUAAAAACC